AUGGUUGAGCAUUCGCUGGCUGUUCUUGACAAAGACCUGGCUGAUCGCGUUGCCCUGGUGACUGACCUUGAUGUGCGUCUGGCGCUCAUCACUAAAGUAAUGGACGAGUACCACAUCCUGCAGGGUCUACAGGAUGAGUCCACUGAAGAUGAUGAGAGGUUCUAUUGCUACCAGCGCUGGGGCAAGACUGGCAGCCCUGGAAGCAAGAAGAUCGAUGGCCCAUUCUCGGAGGAGAAGAUGCGGGCAUUCUUUGCUGGGGUCUUUGAAGAGCGGACAGGCUCUCCGUGGGGAAGCCUGAAGCCAGGUGACAGGGUGCCGCAGGGCCGCUUCUGGUGGCAACAGGCGGCUGCCACAGAGGAGAACACCAAAGACGAGAAGGCCUUUUGGCAGUACUAUGUCCAUGAUGGCGUGGAUGGAAAGUCUCGUGGUUGGUAUCCAUACGAGGACGAUGCCUCGGCCGAGGUGGAAGACAUCUUCACUCAGCACAUGAGCAACAACCAAGAGGGUCGCACGUCGAUCAGGACAGUCUCCUCAGGCCACUUCUCUUACCGAAUUGAUCUGGAUGCUAUGACGCAAGAGAACACCAAGACAGGAAAGGUCAGGGCCAUCAGGCGCUUCACAGAGGCAGCAGCAAAGAAGGCUACCAAGCGCACGAAGAGCAUGCGGCCGCCGGCAAAGAAGCGAGCUCCUGCGGCCAAAGCCGACAAGGCCUUGGUCGACCGGAAGAAGGUAUUGAAGAAGAUCCUUAAGACACUGACGUCAGACGCCAAAACCACAACGGUUGCCGGGAAAAGGAAGCCGACCAAGCCCAAAGCUGGACCCAAGGUUGCAAUGAAGAAGAAAGCUGUGAAGGUUGCAAAGGGCAAGGACGCCAAAGCCCAAGUCUUCCACGGCAAGUUCACGCGUACCUCAACUGGCCUCAAGAAGUCUGAUCUCAAGAGGAACAAGUACGGCAAGGUUGUGAGCAAGAAGGCGUCUGAAGCAGGUCGGAAGAGCUUUGGUCGGGUGGCCUGCUGGAUUGCUGCGUGUCAGAAAGCCCGGGCUGAGCUUGGGAUCAUUGGCUUUGUCGCUGUCCGAAAGGACACAGAGCUGUACAGGAAGGCCAAGGAGCUGUAUCCCCAUGUGAAGCCGUAUGUGCUGCAAAAAGCAAAGCGCUGA